UAACACUAUUUGAACAAAAUAAAAUAUGCCGGUCGAGAAUUUCGAAGAAGAGGGACUGGCCAAGAAUCCAAAUCUGGAGUUGGCCCAGUGGAAGUUUUUGCUACAGACGGACAAUUACAAAAACAAUUCAAAAAUUAAAAAUGAUUUAUUACAGGCCGUUAAAGAUGGAAACAUGGCACCAUUCUAUGAAGAGCUUUGCGCUGAUUUGCAGUGGAAGUUGGACACAAACCUACUGGAACACAUGAAAAGUGAGAAUGAAAAAAAGCUAAAAGAACUCGAUGAUUCAUUGGAAGAUGCAGAAAAAAAUCAAGGAGAGAUGGAAAUCAGGGACAUCAUGCUUAAAAAAGCUGAAUAUUACAGUUCCAUUGGCGCAAAGGAAUUGGCAUUGAGUCAGUUUAGGAAAGUUGGAGAGAAGACAUUGACACUGGGUUAUAGAUUGGACAUGGAAUUCCACCAGAUCAGGAUUGGUCUCUUCUACAUGGAUCAUGAUUUGAUCAAAAGAAGUUUUGAAAAAGCUCAAAGCCUCAUCGACCAGGGUGGAGAUUGGGACAGACGGAAUCGUUUGAAAGUCUACAGAGGGACGUACUGCAUGGCUGUUAGAGAUUUCAAGAUGGCUGCCAGUUUAUUCUUAGAUACAGUUGCUACCUUCACCUCUUAUGAGUUGAUGGACUACAAGACGUUUGUGACUUACACUGUUUUCUGCUGCAUGAUUGCACUGGCCAGGCCUCAGCAGAGGGAAAAGGUGAUCAAAGGUUCAGAAAUUCUCGAAGUCCUUCACAGCUUGCCUGACAUUCAGAGGUACUUGUUCUCACUCUACAACUGCCAGUACAAGGAGUUCUUCAAAUAUCUCGCUAUAGUGGAGCAAAUUCUGAAGCACGAUCGCUACCUGGCGCCCCACUACAGUUUCUACGCCAGGGAGAUGCGUAUCAUCGCGUACACUCAACUGCUUGAGUCCUACAGGAGUCUCACACUCGUCUACAUGGCGAGAUCAUUUGGUGUCACUGUGGAAUUCAUUGAUCAAGAACUUUCGAGAUUCAUAGCUGCCGGCCGGCUGCAUUGUAAGAUUGAUAAAGUGGGUGGAAUUGUCGAAACUAACAGACCCGACAGCAAGAAUUAUCAAUAUCAGGAAACCAUAAAAAAGGGCGACAUAUUGCUGAAUAGGAUUCAGAAACUGAGCCGCGUUAUUAAUAUAUAAAGUUCUUUACUCGCACUUAAUUUUUAGUAGCUGUUCAAUUGUUAUAAUUUAAAUGGUAAACAUCACGUUAAAAAUAAAUUUGUUGACUGAUUUUUAUUAAAAUUCUUUGUUUAAUCGUAAAUAAUAGUUUUUGGUUUAACAACUCGUGCUAGUUCUAUGUGGCGUGAUAUUUAGUAAUUUUAUAACAUUCGUUCGGGCCGUAAAAUUACUUAUUAAUAGUCGUAUAAUUUUUAUGACCAAAUCUUUUUUUUAUAAUUUUUUUAUUAUAUUAAUAUUUAUAAAUAUGUAUGUAUGAUGGUGACGAGUUCACGCUCCAUAUUUAAUAUUCGUUUAAGCCGCGAGAUUGAUAAAUAAAUAUCGACGGGCUGAUUGUUAAUAUU